GACACAGACACAAACACAGGAGGGGAGGACUGGACUGGACAGCCAGCCGCGCAUGAACUGGCGAGGCUAGUCUGUCUCGCAACCGACGGAUCUGGGGCACAUGCUUGUCCUGCGCAGGCAGGCAGGUUCCUUCCUGCUCACCUCACCUCACUCCACCGACAAUUUCCUUUGCCUUCUUUCGCCGUUCAUAUACUCCGCCGCUUCUACUAGUGGUAUCGUAGGUUAAGGCCACCCCAAGCAGGAGUCUGCUUCCGUUCCAUUGCAUCCCAGUCCCAGCCAAAGCAGGAUGCCGCACGCCAAGACGGACUCGGAGGUGACGAGCCUGGCGCCGUCGUCGCCUCCGCGGUCGCCUCCACGGACCCGCGGCGCCGUCUACUACGUGCAGAGCCCGUCCCGCGACUCGCACGACGGCGAGACGAUCAAGGCGGCCACGUCUGUGCACUCCACCCCCGCGCUGAGCCCCAUGGCGUCGCCGCGCCACUCGCACUCCCACUCCCACUCGUCCAUGGGCAGGGACUCCUCCUCCAGCCGAUUCUCGGGCCACGGCCACAACAAGCGCAAGGCCGACAAGGGCGGCAGCAACAAGGGCGCGCCGGGCGGCAAGGGGUGGCAGGAGAUCGGCGUCAUCGAGGAGGAAGGGCUCAUGGACGAGGAGGACCACACGCGGAUCGUGCCCCGCAAGUGCUACUGCUUCCUCGCCUUCCUGCUCGGCUUCGUCGCGCUCUUCUCCUUCUUCGCGCUCGUGCUCUGGGGCGCCAGCAGGUCCCAGAAGCCGCGCAUCGUCAUGGGCACCAUCCGCUUCGACAACUUCAUCAUCCAGGCCGGCACCGACGCGUCGCUCGUGCCCACCGACAUGGCCACCACCAACUCCACCGUCAGAUUCACCUACCGCAACAGGGGCACCUUCUUCGGGAUCCACGUCACCGCCGACCCGUUCCAGCUCUCCUACAGCCAGCUCACGCUCGCGUCAGGAGACCUCCACAACUUCUACCAGCCUCGCAGCAGCAGCCGCACCGUCAGCGUCGCCGUGGUCGGCAACAAGGUGCCGCUGUACGGCGGCGGACCCACGCUGACGGCGGCGCCGGCGGCCGGGGGCAAGGGGCAGCAGCAGGCCAGCGCCAAGGUGGCAUCGGUGCCCAUGGUGCUGAGGACCACGCUGCACUCGCGGGCCUACGUGCUGGGCGCGCUGGUCAAGCCCAAGUUCACGCUCGCCGUCGAGUGCAGGGUGCUCAUGAACCCAAACAAGCAGAACAAGCCCAUCUCGCUCGGGAACGCCUGCCACUACUCAUGAUAUAUUUAGCCUCUCAUACUAGCUGCUCAACAUCACCAUGCCCAUGCAUCCAUCUCCUACCUACCUCUCAAUUGUACUGUAAUGGAGUAUUUAUUGAUUUAUUUAUGCUUUGCUUCGUCUUC